AUGGCCUGUGAGAUCGAUAAAUGGAAGUCUGAGGUGGUUAACCUGACUGACAAGCUGCAGGAGGCUGAAUUGAGGACGAGUCUGAAAGCAGAGUCGAACAGCAAGCUGAUUGCCCAAAUGCAGGAGCACACUGAAGUCCAGCAGACAGAGAAAUCCUCAGAGCAGCUGGAGAACAUCACCUCCAGCUCACUGCUGUCCAGGCAGCAGCAGGACCAGGCUGCAGAAGGCCCGGAUGUUCUAGAGACUCUAGAGGCUGCAACAUGCACGGAGCCCAGCGAGAAGCUGCAGGAGACAGAAAACAGAAGCCGUGACAUCCUGAAUGCAGCCAAAAAACCCAGAGAAAGCCUCAAACCUAAAGAAGCCGCUCCAGAACAUCCAAACAUUCUGGCGUCCCCAAAUGAAUCCGAUGAUUCUAAAGAAGAGACAGAGGAGGACGAAGUGGACGCCCUCCAGACCAGCCAGGUAACAAAUACCGUGACAGGAUGUUCUGAGACCUCGACUGAACAAAUCACAGUAGACGAGGCUCAUGUUGAAGAACAAGAAGAAGAAGAAAAUAAGGAAGAGUCUCCAGAAGUGGAAAAAACAGACAGGGAGAAAAAAAAGACGUCGCCCAAGUGGAGGAGGAGACUUGCACGGAUAUUUACAUUCGGCUGUGCAGGAGGAGAACAUGAGGAUGACUGA